GUCAAUUUGAUGGCCGCCUUUCAAUAUCUCAACCCGCAAGGAUUAUAACUGCGUUUUAUUUAUAGUGGAAAUGGUUGCUAAUGUAUAGAAGAAUUAAUUUGGGGAGAGUUGUGAUUAUAACACGUGUUUAGUUUUAUCGCACAAAGUAUAAUGAAAUGGAAUGGUCCUAAUCACCCCAUUGUAGUAUGGGCCUCCUGGAUUUUAUGGCUUAUAUCCGUUUUGUCGAUAGCAUGGUCGCUCACGCUGUUCAUUUAUCUAAGUGACGUGCUCUAUUUUACAGGAACAGAUUUAGUGAAUGCACUUGUUCUGCUUUCGGGAAUAGUGAUGACGCCAACGAACCUUUACAUACUGAAUGCAAUUGCGAAGGGAACUAAAAUUGAACAUAAGGCGAUUAUGGUUUGCUGCCCAUUAUGGCUAUGUAUUAUGUGGAUAAUCGUGAUAAACAUCGUCGGCGUUGUUCUGUGUUUGCGGCUCAUUAUGGAAAACCAGGAUGCCACGAGCCUUUUACUUACGGAUAGCCUCAGGAAGUACAGACAGAAUCCAAAGUAUAAACAUUUUAUCGAUAAUCUUCAAUGGUCGCUGGGAUGCUGUGGGGUGCAUUCGUACAAGGAUUGGUUUACUCAAGAAUGGCAUGACCAUUAUCGUGACUACGAAUGGGAGCCUAUAUUCAAAACCAGAGAUGUGGAAUUGAAAAGUGGUACUAUGGAGGUCGACAGUGUUCCGUUUAGUUGCUGCAAAAGCGGAUCAUGUGUUUCAAGUUACCUUACAGAGCUCGGUACUAACUCCAUUAACACAACCGGCUGCAGCACUACGCUCUAUAACAUAUUAUUGUUGUCCGCAAAUGCUCACUUGGUAGUGUUUGUUAUAACGAUUCUCUUAGAGAUUGUUAUACUCAGGUUUAUUAUAUUAAACUCUGCCAGCUCUAAACGCAGGAGUACCAGCAAGAAGCUUAUUAACCACAUAAUGGCUGUCAACACUAACUUUGACGCCUCCAGCAACUCGUUUCAAUACAACCCUGACAGCGAUUACGAAGUAGGAGAAUAGAUCCGAGGGCGCCAUCUUUAAUUUUUAUAACUAAGUAUUAAUUUGUAUUAUUAUGCAUUAAAAUAAUUUAU